AUGAGAAGCUUCUCGUCGAGGGCCGUCGUCUCCGGUGGCGGGAAGAAGGCGGAGACGGGGCUGAAGAGGGGGGCGUGGACGGCGGAGGAGGACGAGCUGCUGAGGGACUACAUAAAGAGAGAGGGCGAGGGAGGGUGGCGGACUUUGCCGAAGAAGGCGGGGCUCCUCCGCUGCGGGAAGAGCUGCCGCCUCCGUUGGAUGAACUACCUCCGCCCCUCAGUUAAGCGCGGCCGCAUCUCCGAAGACGAGGAAGAUCUUAUCCUCCGCCUCCACCGCCUCCUCGGCAACAGAUGGUCACUAAUAGCCGGAAGAAUCCCCGGACGGACAGACAACGAGAUCAAGAAUUACUGGAACACGCAUUUAAGCAAGAAGCUAAUUAGCCAAGGCAUUGAUCCCAAAACUCACCGACCCUUCGACCCUAAUCCCUCCAUUGAUCAAAACCAUUCACUAAUUAACAACCAUAAUCCCUCCAUUAUUAAUCAUAACCAUUCACUUAAGCAAGAUGGAGAUGAAGAUUGCUGCAACGACGAAGACUCUCUCUCUUCAUUCCUGAAUUCGUUGAUUAAUGAUGAGAUGUUCAGCAGCCACCACCACCAGCAGUAAUAUUAAUUAAUUGCCUUUUAAUAUUAGUUUCUUCAUUGGAUUAAAAGAAUGUUAGAACUUGGGUUUUGUAAUUGAUAG